AUGUCCUUAAGAAGCAAUGUCUCAGCAAAGUCUUGGCAAGCAAAUAAAAAAAAGCUAGUAACCACGACGGAUGCAUAUUGGGAGGACCUAGAUGAGCUUGCUAGAGGAUCCAUUAAACAACAUCUAACUGACGAGGUGUUGUGUAAUGUGAUAGAAGACACCACGAAGCAAACGUGGGAGAAACUCGAAGAGAGGUUUGUGGCCAAAUCGUUGUCCAACAAGCUCUUCUUGAAGGAGGAGCUUCACUCUCUAAAGAUGGAGGCGGGUACAAGCAUGAUGGAGCACGUGAGCACUUUUAAUAGGUGCAUUGCUGACUUGAAGAGGAUGGAUGAGGUUUAUAAGUCGGAAGACAAGUUUGUGAUGUUAUUGACAUCCUUGCCACCAUCUUAUAAACACUUAUGUGUGGCGCUUAUGUUCGGGGAUGGAACUUUGAAGUUUGAAGAGGUCAUGUGA